AUGGAGUCCUUUAUUAUUUCUGUUACAUUGGCUCUUUUCUUUUUACUGAAUGGAUUGGAUGCAAGGAAAUAUGGUCUAGUACUAGACCAAGAAUCAGCUGCCAUUGUAGUCGAUAAGAAUGGUAAAGGACAAUUUACCACUGUUCAACAAGCCGUCGAUUCUAUACCAUCAAAUAAUUCGGCAUGGACUCAAAUUUACAUUAACCCCGGUGUUUACAAUGAAAAAGUUGAGAUCAAGAAACCAUAUAUCAUUCUCAAAGGAGACUACCACAACCGACCUGUGAUUGAAUUUGGAGAUAGCGGAAGUGUUGUUGACAGUCCUACAUUUAAGUUGAAUGCUGAUAAUUUCGUGGCACGAAAUAUUGUAUUCAAGAAUACCUAUGAUCAUCUUCUUCCUUCUAAAUUAGAAGCCAACAGGGUCAACACUACUUGGGCACCUGCAGCUGCAAUUGCCGGAGACAAAGCAAGUUUUUACGAUUGCAACUUCAUCAGCUUGCAGGACACAUUGACUGAUGCCACCGGUCGGCAUUACUUCCGCCACUGCAACAUUUCCGGCGCCAUAGACUUCAUUUGGGGAAAUGGACAAUCAAUCUACCAGAAUUGCGAUAUUAAUUCAUUGGCAUCAAAAAUAGCUCCAGUGGCGGGUUAUAUUACAGCACAGGCUCGUGAAAAGCCAGAGGAAACCACUGGUUUUGUAUUCAACAAUUGUCAUGUAACUGGAUCUGGUCGUAUAAAUCUAGGAAGAGCUCAUACAAAAUACGCAAGAGUAUUGUUUGCUGGGACAAUAAUGAACAAUAUCAUCACCCCACAAGGUUGGGACGCAGCAAGCAGUCAGGGUUCCGAGAAUUUGAUCUCCUUCUCGGAGGCCAAUUGCACUGGACCUGGAGCGGACAUGUCGAAACGUGUAAGCUGGGAGAAGAAACUAUCAGAUCAGGAAGUAAACGAUUUAACAAGUUUAUCUUACAUAAAUCAAGAUGGAUGGUUAGAAAAGCAACCUAGAUAA